AAAUUUGUAUAAAACUAAGUGAACAUCGGAGAAAAUCAGUGGAGAUCGCCCAGCGGUUGAAUUAUCGACAAUGAAUAGAGCUAUAAUCAUUGCUCCUGUUCUUCUAGCUAUCUUCUUAUCUGGUUUUUGUUCUGGUUUUCCCGGCCAAAAUGGACAGACUGCACAGCAUGAAAAAGUCACCAGGACAAAGCGCAACUUAUGGCAGUUUGGUCUGAUGAUUCAUUGUGAAACAAACCGUUGGGCCUCAGACUAUCUCGGCUAUGGAUGUUGGUGCGGACCGGGAGGCAAAGGAACCCCAAUCGAUGAGACGGACAAGUGUUGUAAGGAACAUGAUAAGUGUUAUUACGAUGUCCAUCGGUCCGGUAAAUGUAGUUACAUGGGAGCAGCUUACACAACUAUCUACACCAGGAAAGGAUGUUCAGACUGUGAUAAACAGCAAAACAAUGCCUGCGAACAGGCUGUAUGUGAGUGUGACAGCGUCGCUGUCAAGUGCUUCGCCAAAGCAAAGUUCAACGACGCCAAUAAACGUUAUUCACAAUCAAAAUGUGUAGAUCAAGCGAUAGCAGAUUGAGAAAUGUGACAUGAUCAUAUCGAAUAAAGAAAAAUAUUUUUCGUAAUCA